GCUGAGGGUCGAGCAAACUUCUGCGGCAUAACGGUGGCUGGCGGUAAGAUGAAUCGAAAAAAUGAGCGAAUGAUUGAGGAUGUUUGCAUUGAAUUGUUCUUCUUCUUGUGUUAUACCUAUUUGGUGCACGCCAAAGCCUAUGUGCCUAAGCCAAAGCCCCGACCGAAUGAGUCGUCGUCUCAUAGAAAGGAAUCAGCCAAGCAACCAAUAGAGUGGAGUAAUUUCGGUGUUGUUAAAUGA